AUGGAUCUACAAAAGCCAAUCAAUCUACACAACUUUAUCGAAUCUCAUAAGGAGCAGCUCCAGAAAGAUGGUCGUGUAGAAAUUUACGGUGCUCCCAAAUAUUCAACGCAAGUAUUUUUGUAUGGACAAGGACAAUACAAAAUCGAUGCUAGCGAAUAUGAAGUCCUUAUCUGGAUUAUGGUUGAUUCAGAAGCUGCUCUUGAGGGACCAAAUGAUGUAAGUCGCUUGAUGUCAUCAUCGAUGACAAUUUGCCCUCCUCAAUCAAAGCACCAUUUGGAAGUCAAACAAGGCCAGGCCAUCACCAUUCAAAUGAUGCCAAAAUUGUAA